AAAGAGAUUCAUAACGCUCUUUCUUUUAUGCUGACUUGAUAUGUGGAAUGGCAAGAUAAGAAGGUAAAGCAUAUAGCAAAAGAAGGUGUGCGUGUGACCCCAACAACAUGUCUUCUGCCAAAAUUCCCCAAGUUGUUCUCAAAUCUUCCUCUAAUGGAUGCAGCAUGCCAGUGAUAGCAUUUGGAACUGCAGCUUCUACUAACAAAAGCGAUGCAGAAACCACCAAAGUGGCAGCGAUUGAAGCUAUCAAAUUGGGUUACAGACACUUUGACACUGCAUCAAUCUAUGGAUCUGAAGAGGCUUUGGGUGAAGCCAUAGCUGAAGCUCUUCAGCUUGGUCUAAUAAAAUCUAGAGAGGAGCUUUUCAUCACUUCUAAGCUCUGGGUAACUGACAAUUUUCCUCAUCUUGUACUUCCUGCUCUGCACAAAUCACUUCAGACCCUGAAGUUAGAAUAUUUGGACCUUUAUUUGAUCCACUGGCCCAUUAGUGUGAAGCCUGGAAAUUGGCAAAUUCCAUAUGGUGAGGAAUUAAUAACAACAUUUGACUUAAAGGGAGUGUGGACUGCAAUGGAAGAAUGUCAGAAACUUGGCCUUACAAAAUCUAUAGGAGUCAGCAACUUCACUUGCAAGAAGCUUGAAAAUCUUCUCUCAAUUGCUACCAUUCCUCCUUCUGUCAAUCAAGUGGAGAUGAAUCCUGCAUGGCAUCAGAAAAAGCUAAGAGAAUACUGUGAAGCGAAGGGUGUAAUCAUAACUGCAUUUUCUCCUUUGGGAGCCAAAGGGACCAGAUGGGGUACCAAUGAAGUUAUGGACAGUGAAAUACUCAAAGAAAUUGCUGAGGCCCACGGCAAAACUAUUGCUCAGGUAUGUCUUAGAUGGUUGUAUGAGCUAGAGGCGACCAUGGCGGUGAAGAGCUAUAAUAAGGAGAGAAUGAAGGAAAAUUUGGAAAUAUUUGAUUGGUCUCUUACAAAAGAUGACCAUGAAAAGAUUAAUCAAAUAAAGCAGAAUCGUGUCAACAACGGGCCAGUUGUGUCUGUUCCUAACCUUUGGGAUGGAGAAACAUAGGAUUUGGUUCAAUACAGUGUUAUUUUGCCAACAUGUCGUUUAUGUAUUUUUGUUCUGUUGGUGAUUUGGUGUGUGGCAAUAAAAUGACCUACAAGAGUCUUCAAAUGGUCAUGGAAUAAGUGGUGAGACAAAACCCUGAGUUCUCCUCCCUCACUCUCACACUAGCAAGCACCAACCUUUCCCUAGUACUUUCAAAAGUUAUGGUAUUGUAACUCUGUUUUUCUUUUAGUUUCAUUUUAUACUUUUUUUUUGAGUAACUAUGAGUGUAUCUAUUGAUUCUUCUAAAUAUUUAUUGUCACUUUUAUUUAAGUGAUUUUU